GGAGGCAUCAUUUGAGGCUCUGAGAAGGAAAGCAAACUUUGCUCUGUACAGCAAAAAGCCACAGCCAUUCUCAUCCCCCAGAAUGAGGACCCAGCACCUGCAGGAACAGAUAUUCCUGCAGAGGUGGUUCUGUCUCAACCCAAGGCUGCUCCUACAGCCACAGCCACCAACACCAGGCUCCGUGUGCUGCGGGCAUCCAACAGCGAUCCUAAGCAUAGAGAAAGCUCACAGCUCCAGCAACGGGAAGUCAGGCUGAGCUGCUGGUUAUACUGGGAGCAUGACUCGGCUGCCUGCAAAGUCUCAGCUCUAGAAUCCAACCUUUGCUUUCUCAACGUCCCGUUGGAUCGCAGCGGUUCGGUCUGGGGACGUGCUGAAGUUUGUCGUGCGGGAGACAGAGGCGACGAGGAAAACAUUCCUGCCCACAGCGGGUGGGGAAGGGGACAGAAUUAUGCUAUCUGCUGCCAGUGGGCAAAAGCAGUCUCCUCUGCUCCAGCACCAGAGCGACAGAAAACGGCUGCCCACAGCCCAGAUGCGCAUUCGGAAGCACCGCCCGUCUCUCGCAGCGUUCCAAGAGUUGGCCCAGGGUCAAAGCUCCCCCGAGCUCCUGGAUGCAGGGAGGGAUGCGGACAGGGAUCCGCUCCUCUCUUUGUCUUCCGCAGCGAGGAUCCCCUCGGCAGAACACACCCUGAGAAGGGAGGAGCGGCCUCCGAGAGGAGGUGGGGGCCGGCGGUGCGCGAUACCCCCGAACGCGGCAGCCGGGGGGGGAAAACGGGGAGGAGCCAUUCGGGCGGGGCAGCGCCGACCCCCGCCCGCCCCUCGCGGCGCCUUCCCCGGUUCGGAGCUCGGAGCCCUCCCGGCCCGGAACGGCGCGGCCAUGGGCUCCCGGUUGAGCCGGCAGAGCAGCCUGGAGGAUGAGAGCUCCGGGGCCGAGGAACCCUCCGGUCGUGCCGACUUCCACCUCUCUUCGUUGUUGCUAAAUCCGCAGAAGCUGCCCGGGGUGCUGCGGAAAGCCUCUCCCGCUCCCUACGUGCGGAGGGUGGGGUGGCUGCGGGAGAUUCAGGCCACCAUCCGAGAACACAAGCGGGAGCACGCCGUGCACAUCCUCAGGCUGCUCAGGAAGGACCUGGGACUGGAAGGAACAUUCCUCAAUGAAGUCCUCUACAAAAAUGCAACCUUCCUCAACUUGGUGGAUCCCAUCUCCCAUGACCUGCUGAUGAGCCUUGCUAGAGACCUACAGUGUCCCAAAAAGGAAUACGACCCCUGGAAGUCUUCAGACAGGAUUUGCAGGCAGCUGAUCUACCACCUGACCCCACACUCCAAAUGGCACCGGCAUGGCAUGCCCCGCAGGAAGUCCCAGAUGUGCCUGAAGAACAGCCUGCAGAAGAAGGUGAGCCAGGGCUCCAUGGAUCUGUCCGGGAUCCCUCUGACCAUGCGGGAUGUGCACCGCAUGGCUUAUUACCUUCAGAACAACGGGGACCACCUCACCUCCGUGGACCUGAGUUUCACCGAGCUGAACGACGACAUGGUGCGCCUGCUGCUGCCCUUCCUCUGGGUGCUGCCCAAGCUCACCCACCUUUCCCUCAACGGCAACCGACUGACGCGAGCGACCAUGAAGGAGCUGACUGACACCAUGAAGGACAUGAACAAGUUCCCUUGCCUGGCUUGGGUAGACCUCGGCAACAACGUGGAUGUCUCGUCCAUGCCUCAGCCUUUGCUCGUGGGCCUGCGCAAGCGCCUCAGCCAGCAGACCACGCUGCCAACCAUUUAUGAGGCUCUCGAUUGUGACCCAGAGAUCCCCAGUGGGCAGGAGGGCGGCCGGCUGGAGGAUGAGGAAGCGGGGAGCACCCCACGGCACGCUGUCCCUCAGCAGGGCUGUGAGAGGUGACUGGACAACGAGCUGGCUCUGGCACACUGAAGCCACCCUAAGGAGCAGUUCUGAGUCCAAACACCAAGCAGAGGGCCAGCUUGACCGGCUUCCUUCGGCACUUUUCUCUCACCUUCCCUGACAUCUCCCCCCAGUUUGCUGUGAGACAAAGCCUGUUGUUCCCCAAAAUGUGCUCUGCUCCCUCCCCUCGCUGCCAAACCCAUCGCCCACGUUACAGAGAGGAACUUACAGCAAAGCUGGUCCCCAGGCUGGGCUUUUGACUGGAAGACCUGUCGGAGUCAACCAUUUCUUCCAGCAGCCAUUGGGUUGAGGGAAAGUGAUGGGGGGGAAACCUAAAACAGAAACAGGCUUGUAGUUUACUUCCUUUCCUUCUUUUCCUAGGCACCUUGGAAAGCUUGGGACCUGCAGUCUUGAGUGUGAAAGGAGGUACCCCAAGAGCCUAGCUGUUGUGGAGCUUCGUUGAAGGGCUCAGAGGCCAAAGCUGGAGCCCGGCAGUGUCUCCCUCUUGUGUCUGGCUCUUUUUGUUUUGCUUUUUUUUUUUUUUUCCCCCCAUUGUGUGUUUUGUAUUAAUGUCUGAACAAAGGGACUUGGUCAGAGACCAUCAGAUUGCAUAGGCUGGGGCGGACACAUGGCUUGGAACUGCAGCAUCAGGAUAUUUGUUGUGUGACUGGGGUGAGAGGGAGGGGAAGGAGGUAUGUGUUGGUGGGAGCAUGGGGGAUGGGAUGAGAUGACAUGGGGUGGGAAGGCCAGGGAUUGAAAAGGAAGGGGAAAAUAGUCUUGUGGUUUAAAAGGACUGGUUCAAAAACUGUGGUUUUGUACACGACUUACAAGUUUCAAGUGAAAUUAAGGAGCAUCAGACAGCUAAGUGCUUUACUGACACUAGAGGAGCAAGCAGUGAAUGUGCCAGAGGUGGGCACUUCCUAAGCUAAAGUGCAAAGCUUUGGCUCCUUAUUGCAUAUUGCAUACCUCGUAAUACUGACAUGAUGUGAGCAGCUGCAUUGUCAUUUCCAAUGCUGUCCAAAACCAAACCAGUGAUGCAAGAUUUCGAGUGUUUUCCACAUUGCUCACGUUCUGUGUAAACUCAAUAAACAGUUCUCUUGGACAUGAGU